UUGACCACCGGUUAGUUCAUCUAGGCUCUUGCAGGUCGGGUUAUUAAACAACACUCACGGCCAUAUUUAUUUUUCACUCAUUUUUGGCGCUUGUCUUGAACCUUUCCUUUCGAAUUCACUUGAUCUUUCAAAUCACUCAUCAUGAGCUCGUCGCGCAAGUCGCGGAUUGCCUCGAGCAUGUCCAAUGUCAUGUUCACAAAUGCGGUAUACUUUCCCAACUACCGGAUAUACCAGGGAGAUACACCAGGAAUGCUCAACUAUAGUUGUAUCAACCACGUUUACUAUGCCUACGCCAGUGUUUCAGCCGACGGUGGUGUUUUCCUAAGUGAUGAGUGGGCGGAUGCUGGUGCACCUGUUGAUGGUGUACAAGGCGGGCUAGGGUCUCUCAUGCACCUCAAGCAGAAGCACCCUCACCUUCGUGUUGUUUUGUCAAUCGGGGGCGGUAACUCCUCAGAGAUUUUUCCUUUGGUGGCAUCCAGCACUCUACUACGCGACAACUUUGCUAGAUCCGCCAAGGGACUUGUUGAAGCAUCUGGUCUGGAUGGAAUCGACAUUGCAUGGGAAUACCCUUGCGAUGUUCAGCAAGGCUAUGACUUUCUUGCACUUCUGGCAGCUGUCCGCAUUCAUCUACCAGAGGAGCAUUAUGUCCUCACCGCUGCGCUUCCUGCAGCCAAGUCUAUUUUGCAAUUCCUCGAUUUAAUGGAGAUUGCCGAAUACUUGGACUUUAUCAACUUGAUGGCUUAUGAUUUCUUUGGCUCGUGGACUUCAAAGGCUGGACAUCACGCUCAACUCUAUGCUAUGGACAAAGAAGAAACAUCAGCUUCUUCAGGGGUUUCAUAUCUCAUGUCCAAGGGGUUCCCCCCUAAGAAGAUUCUACUUGGUAUUCCAACUUUUGGACGAAGCUUCCUCCACUGUACAGGAGCAGGACACAAAUACAAGGGCGUUGGUGGUGCUGAAGAUGGCACGUUUGAGUACAAUCAACUCCCACGCAAGGGAUGCAAAGAGGUUGUCGACAAACGCCAUGUUGCAGCACACUGCACGGGGGCAGAUGGCGGAUUCGUGACGUACGACAACCCGGAUACUGUCAAGAUCAAGGCUGGUUUCUGUAAGCAAAAGGGACUAGGGGGUCUCUUUUACUGGAACGGUCCAGCUGAUUCCAAGGAUAAGUCUAGGAGCUUGGUUGCGGCUGGCUUCCGCGCUCUUCAUUCCUCCUGAAAAGUCUUUACCGCUCCUUGUUUGACCACAUCCUGCGUUUUGCAUAUAGGGAGCGAUACGGCGUUUCAUUAUUCAGUAGAUGGGCAUAUUCUGGUGUUAUCUGGUCAUUUUCGAAUCAACCUUUUUUUUAUUGGGUUUGUGGAAAAGCGUUUACAUUACGAAGGUAUGCUAGGAAAAUGGGUUCUUCUGGGAAGA